GGUACAUGUACCUACCUAAGGUACGUACCUAGAGGCGGUAGCUAUUCCGCUUGUCAACUCAGCCCACAUACAAUACAACAAGGAUAACGAAUCGAUCAUGCAACAUUCAGGGUAGAAUUAUAGAGGCCGCGUCUUCCAUUGGCGUAAGGCGGUAUGCCUAGAUGCCUAUACCUUAGGUAGACAACCGCAUGGGUUUACCCUAGGUACGAUAUACUGAUACACUGAUACACAUAACCUUCACAUGAAAUAACUUGUUGUGCCUAGCAAAACAAUAAAACAAAAACACCGACUAGCCAUGGCGAAUGAAGCCAGCAAGUUAGAGGUCCGCGUUCUUCAACAACCGCGUCUUCCAAUAUUUUCGCGAGUCUACCGGGGCGCCGUCGUCUACGCAAUCCAAGUGCUCGGAGCGCCGGUAAACUGGUUCCAAGACUGGGCCUAUCCUCCGGAGAUCCCUCCGAACUAUGUAAAGACAUAUCCGUGUCGACCGUCUUUGCCAAUUAGGGUCUUUUUCCCCAAGUCGUACGACCCCGAGACAUCCAAAGCGCCUCUCCCGACAAUAUUUACCAUCCACGGCGGCGGGUUCUGCUUCGGCCGUAUAAACGAUGAUGAUGCAUGGAAUGCGCAUUUCGCCAAUAUGCACAAUGUGCUUGUAGUCGCCCUCAACUACCGUAAAGCCCCGUCUUAUCCUUUCCCGACCGCGACCUACGAUCUCGAAGCCCUCAUCCUAGCAACAUUCGACGAUGAUAGCCUUCCGAUCGACAAGACCCGUAUAGCGAUCGGUGGCUUCUCGGCAGGUGGUAACUUGACCCUCAGUGUGUGCCAGCUACCCUCGAUCCGAGAAAAGGUCAGGCCCUCGGCCGCUGUACCUAUAUACGCCGUUGUAGACAAGACUAUUCCCUGGGAAGUUAAAGUCAAGACGCGAUAUUACAAGCUCGGUCUCGGCCCGGGUAUGCGCUCUGCGCCGGUUGAUUUGCUGGCAACGCUAUCUCCGUUCUUCCUAUGGAGUUAUAUCGAACCGGGCUUUAACACAGCAGAUCCGCUGCUGUCACCAUACUUCGCUCCUCGAAAUACACUGCCUCCACAUAUCUUCUUUAUCGGAACGGAACUGGAUCAACUCGCACAUGAAACUUGGUGCAUGGCGAGUAAACUGGCAGGACGACCAGAGCCGCCGUUGACGGAUAUCAUAGGCCAGGAGCAGCUGGGACCAGGAAAGGGGGAGCUCAUUUUAGACGAUGAGAGGUUCGCGUUCGAGCAUAUCGAGGACGAAGGGAGGAGCAGCGUAAGAUGGUUACUGAUACCCGAUCAGGUCCACGGAUUUGAUCAUCUACCACCUCGGUGGCUUGGACAAGAGGGUUCAGAAGAUGCGAAAUUGAAAGAGGCGGCGUAUCAGAAAAUUCUUGGAGAGUGGCUGCUCGGAUUUGUGUGGAAAUAAACGCCCCGUUGAGCCAACAACUAGAGCUAUCUGAGUCAAGGAUGUAUGCAUACAGCAAGCGGCUUAAAUUUCACCAUCAUUUAUUAUUUCCGAUCAGGAACUCUCUGGUCUUACCUAAGAUUGAUAGAAUACAUUCAUAUUAAAGAUCACA